AUGGCGGUGGCCUGCGGGGGCUGGAGGCAGCGCCGCGGGUGUCUCUCGGGGCAAAAUGUGCUGGCCCCGGGGGCCGCCUCGCAGCAGCUGAUGGUUUCGCUCGAUUGCCUUGCAGACAAGAACCUAGAGAACGCGGAGGAAGCAGCUGAGCAGUUCAAGUUAAUCCAGGCGGCCUACGACGUUCUCAGUGACCCCCAGGAAAGAGCCUGGUAUGAUAAUCACAGGGAGGCCCUGCUGAAAGGUGGAGUUGAUGGAGACUAUCAAGAUGAUAGUUUAGAUCUGCUGCACUACUUCACUGUUAACUGUUACUCUGGAUAUGGAGAUGAUGAAAAGGGAUUCUUUACAGUCUAUCGACUAGUUUUUGAAAAGAUUGCCAAGGAAGAGAUGGAAUGUAUGACCCAGGAAGAUAUUGAAGAAUUCCCUACGUUUGGAUAUUCCCAAAGUGACUAUGAUACAGUAGUUCACCCUUUCUAUGCAUAUUGGCAGAGUUUCUGUACUCAGAAAAACUUUGCUUGGAAAGAAGAAUAUGAUACACGGCAGGCCUCAAACCGCUGGGAGAAACGAGCUAUGGAAAAAGAGAACAAGAAGACAAGAGAGAAAGCAAGGAAAGAGAGAAAUGAACUGGUCCGUCAGCUAGUGGCCUUUAUUCGUAAAAGGGAUAAAAGAGUAAAGGCUCACAGAAAACUUGUAGAAGAACAAAAUGCAGAAAAAGCUAGGAAAGCAGAGGAAUUUCGGAGGCAGCAGAAGCUCAAACAAGCCAAGCUUGCCGAGCAGUAUAAAGAGCAGAGCUGGAUAACUAUGUCAGAUCUUGAGAGAGAGUUGCAGGAGAUGGAGGCACAAUAUGAAAAGGAAUUUGAAGAUGGAUCAGACUAUGCUGAAUUAGAAGAACAGGAGACAAAAGAUGUCGAAGACAAACUGAAUGAUGAGAAUGAAGAAGCUGAAUUUGUUGAUGGUCUGUACUGCCCUGCUUGUGACAAAUUGUUAAAAACUGAGAAAGCCAUGAAGAAUCAUGAAAAAUCAAAGAAGCAUCGAGAGAUGGUAGCACUGUUACGACAGCAACUGGAGGAAGAAGAAGGAAAGUUUCCUGUGUCUUUGGGUGAUGCAGAUGGAACACAUACCAAAGAGGAGGAAGAAACAGAAGACAUGCCCAAGCAGAA